CCAGGGUCGGUGGUGUCCCCGCUCUAGAAAGCAGAGAGAGGCAGCAUUUGCAGGGCAGGCAGCAGCAGGUCCAAAGGAGCAGCAGUCGAGGGACACUGACCUGCUGCCCCAUGGCUGAGACAACCAGUGGAGAGGACAGGGGGCCGCAGAAGGGAGCCACACCCCAAGAUGCCUCUCAGGGCCUCCAAGACAGCUUGUUCUCCUCUGAAAGUGACAACAGCCUGUAUUUCACCUACAGUGGCCAGCCCAACACCCUGGAGGUCAGGGACCUCAGCUACCAGGUGGACGUGGCCUCCCAGAUGUCUUGGUUGGAGCAGCUGGUUCAGUUCAAGAUGCCAUGGACAUCUCACAACAGCCAGGAUUCCUGUGAACUGGGUAUCCAAAACCUGAACUUGAAAGUGAGAAGUGGGCAGAUGCUGGCCAUCAUAGGGAACUCAGGCUGUGGGAGAGCCUCACUGCUGGACGUGAUCACCAACCGAGGCCACGGCGGCAAGAUCAGGUCAGGCCAGAUCUGGAUCAAUGGGCAGCCCAGCACGCCUCAGCUGGUGAGGAAGUGUGUGGCCCACGUGCGCCAGCAUGACCAGCUGCUCCCCAACCUGACCGUCCGAGAGACCCUGGCCUUCGUUGCCCAGAUGCGCCUGCCCAGAUCCUUCUCCCAGGCUCAGCGUGACAAAAGGGUGGAGGACGUGAUCGCAGAGCUGCGGCUAUGGCAGUGUGCAGACACACUCGUGGGCAACGCGUACCUGCGGGGGGUGUCGGGGGGCGAGCGGAGGAGAGUCAGCAUCGGGGUACAGCUCCUGUGGAAUCCAGGAAUCCUGAUUCUGGAUGAACCCACCUCUGGGCUUGACAGCUUCAUGGCCCACAACUUGGUGAAGACCUUGUCCCGGCUGGCCAAGGGCAACAGGCUGGUGCUCCUCUCCCUGCACCAGCCCCGGUCCGACAUCUUCCGGCUGUUUGACUUGGUCCUGCUCAUGACGUCUGGUGCCACCGUCUACCUGGGGGCAGCCCAGCACAUGGUCGAGUAUUUCACGGACAUUGGCUACCCCUGUCCUCGCUACACCAACCCCGCUGACUUCUAUGUGGACUUGACCAGCAUCGACAUGCGCAGCAGAGAGCGAGAGGUGGCCACUAGGGAGACAGCUCAGUCACUUGCGGCCUUGUUUUUAGAAAAAACACGUGGCUUAGAUGACUUUCUGUGGAAGGCAGAGGUGAGGGAACUGGACGUGGUUCCUUGUGCAGAGAGCAGCCUGGGCCUCUCGCUGGACACCAAGAUCCUCCGCACUCCCGCUGAGCUUCCCGGGGCUGUGCAGCAGUUUACCACGCUGAUCUGUCGUCAGAUUUCCAAUGACUUCCGAGACCUGCCGACCCUCCUCAUCCACGGGGUGGAGGCCUGUGCGAUGUCCAUGAUCAUCGGGUUCCUCUAUUACGGCCACGGGACCAUCAAGCUCUCCCUCACUGACACCAUGGCCCUCUUGUUCAUGAUCGGCGCUCUCAUCCCCUUCAACGUGAUUCUGGAUGUCAUCUCCAAAUGUUACUCAGAGAGGGCGAUGCUUUCCUAUGAAUUGGAAGACGGGCUGUACACUGCUGGUCCAUAUUUCUUUGCCAAGAUCCUCGGGGAGCUCCCGGAGCACUGCGCCUACAUCAUCAUCUACGGGAUGCCCAUCUACUGGCUGGCUGACCUGCGGCCAGGCCCCGAGCCCUUCCUCCUGCACUUCCUGCUGCUGUGGCUGGUGGUCUUCUGCUGCAGAGUCAUGGCCCUGGCCACCGCAGCCCUGUUCCCCAACUUCCACAUGGCCUCCUUCUUCAGCAAUGCUAUUUACAACUCCUUCUACCUCACCGGGGGAUUCAUGAUCAGCUUAAGCAACUUGUGGACAGUGCCUGCAUGGAUUUCCAAAGUGUCCUUCCUGCGAUGGUGCUUUGAAGGGAUGAUGAUCAUCCAGUUUAGUGGGAGAGCUCAUAGCACACAGCUGGGCAACCACACCAUCUCGGUCCCAGGAGAUAUGAUCCUCAAUGCCAUGGACCUGAACUCGUACCCUCUCAGCACCAUCUAUUUCAUCGUCAUUGGCAUCAGCGCUGGCUUCAUGGUCCUGUACUAUGUGUCUUUAAGGUUUAUCCGACAGAAAUCAAGUCAAGACUGGUGAUUCAUGUCCAGGCUCCUGCCCAGGUGGGGUAGAAGAGUGGACCCUGCAACUGCACUCCCUUCCCCCUAGGGUGCCCUCUGAGGACAGUGAUAGACAGAUGCUUGGCUACGUCUGCCCCACAGUGUUGCAGUGGCACAGACCAGCCACAGGAUGGCAGUAGAAUAAAGACAGUCGGAGGCAUUUUUGCUCGCCGGCAGAGACUGAGAUUCCUGGGAGCGAGAAAACCUGUACUUGGUGGCACCUACAACAUUGCUAAUUUAUUUCCUUUUGAUAAGUAUUUGUAUAGGCAACUCCAUAUAGUAUGGCUA